AUGGCACCGAGCGAGCCCAUGCUGCCCGUCGCGUUGGCACCACCAGAUCAUGACCGUCCUCCGAGGAGGCAUUUCGCUGCUGCUUGUGACGGUGCUGCUGUGGACGAUAUCCAACUUUUUGGCAUCUAUCAUUCCUACGACAAGCCAUUUUUUGUGGUGUAUAUGAAUACGUCGGUGUUUGCGGUGUCUCUGAUACCCAUGUUGGUGAGGUUCCUGAUGCAGCACGGCGUCGAGGGUCUACGACGCGAGGCCAUGGUGGUCUGGAACGAGCAGAGGUACGGCAAGGACCUCAAGAUAGCCGAAGACGAGGAAGACACGGUGGCGGGGGAGCGCCUGCUGGUCGACGACGAGCCGAGCCUGGAGAUGGAAGGGUUCGAGACGACGACGAGGGUGGAGCGGCUCACGUUCCGGGAGACGGCCGUCAUCAGCCUCGAAUUCUGCAUGCUGUGGUUUUUCGCAAACUACUUUGCGUCGGCGUGCCUCGAGUACACGAGCGUCGGCAGCGUGACGAUCCUCAACUCGACGAGCAGCGUGUGGACGCUCGUCUUCUGCGCCGUGAUGGGAGUCGAGGGGUUCACGGCACGCAAGCUGAUUGGCGUGCUGGCGUCGCUGACGGGUAUCGUGCUGAUAUCGACGGUGGACCUGUCCGGGUCGAGUGACGAGAACCGCGGGUCAUUCCCGCACAAGACGACGGGGCAGAUUGCGAUUGGGGAUCUGAUGGCGUUUGUGAGCGCCAUCAUUUACGGACUCUACGUGACUGUGAUGAAGAGGCGGGUAGGCAACGAGGAUCGGGUGAAUAUGCCGCUCUUCUUUGGACUCGUUGGACUCUUUAACUUGGUGUUCCUCUGGCCCGUUUUCUUCAUCUUGCAUUUCACGGGGAUGGAACCAUUCUCGUUCCCUCCUACGGCCAAAAUCUGGGCCAUUGUCAUUGGCAACUCGCUGUCGUCCUUCAUCAGCGACAUGUCAUGGGCGUACGCCAUGUUGCUCACGACGCCGCUGGUCGUGACAGUCGGUCUGUCUCUCACGAUCCCGCUGUCGCUCAUUGGCGAGAUGAUUCAGUACUCGCAGUACUCCAGCUGGGUGUACUGGGUUGGCGCGGCUGUGGUGCUCAUCUCGUUCCUCUUCAUCAAUAACGAGAGCCACGAGGACGAGUCGAGCGACAAGAGCCCCGAGGCAGGAUCCCGGGGCGUCUCGCAAUUAUGA